AUACGUGUAACGUAUAACGCCAAUGACUGAAGAGAGUCUACUUUGUUUUCUCUUUAUUCUUUGUUCCUGGCGUUUGGCUGCACUUUCUUGUUUGUUAUAUAUAGUUUUUAUCAUUAUUUUGUAAAAUUGAGGAACACGCCGAUGGCCGAUGGUCAACAAGGACAGAGCGGCCAGCAGCAGUUCAAUGCGAAUGAUUAUUACUUGAAGCAGCAAGCUGUGCGGAUGCUUAGUGCAAUUCAAAAAGGAUACAAUGACAACUUCCAAACAGCACAGGUGUCAAUGCCAAACAGUCAAACUGGCCAGCAGGUCUCUGUUUAUAUGAACCACCAGGUUGGUAACAGUCCACUGUCACAACAACAGCAGCAGCAACACCAACAAACACAACAACAACAACAACAGCAGGGACAUCAACAGCAACAACCAACAACAAGUUCACACAACGUGCAGCAUCAACAGUUACAACAUCAGUUGCAGCAGGUACAGCAAGCCCAGCAGCAGUUUCAACAAAUGCAGCAGCUAGCUCAAAUGCAGCAACAGUUCCAACAACAAUAUAACACUGGUGGGGGAAGCACAAGUUCCAACAGUAGCAAUCUUUCCAUCAGUGGUGGAUCAAGCCUAACACAUGAUACCUCAACGUUUUCCCCCUCAAGGAGGGGCCGAAAACCCACAGAUAAACGCAAACGAAAGCGGCACACUUUUGUUAAGCGUCCAACAACCGCAUACCUCUAUUUUGUGUCCAAAUACAGAGAAACUUUAAAAGAAGCAGGAGAAGUUGUUCCUAAAGCCAAGAUUAUAACACAAGCAUGUGCGGAGAAAUGGCGGCACAUGACAGAAGAUGAGAAGGAGCCAUUCUUAGAGCUGGCACGACGAGAUAGAGAACGGUGGCAACAAGACAAGUCGUUAGAAAAAAGGCCUCGGGAUCCAAACAGACCAAAACGACCACCCUCUGCUUAUUUCUUAUUUUUAGCAGAUUUUCGGAAGUCAUAUCCUAACAAGACAGAUCCAGCAAAGGAAAUUACCAAGAAAGCAGGAGAACAAUGGAAUGGCCUUUCAGACAUGGAAAAGACGCCAUAUUACCGAAAUGCUCAAGUAGAACGAGCGAAAUGGGAGUUAGAUUUAGAGGCGUACAAGCAGUCGCAAUCUCUCGGUACACACAAACAAGAGGUUGCCGCUUGGAAAGAACUGCAAAAAGGAAAUACUUCAAUGAAUAGAGGUUUGACCAUCAAUCCGAACCAACAUGUUGGUUCUUCAUCGGACGUUUCAUCGCCAUCACCUGGAACAAAUGUAACAUCAAUGCCUAAUUUGAUGGCAGGACAAGCCAACUUGAUGGGUGGCACAAUUUCAUCCGUACCCGCAGCAGAAUCGCCAUCACCUGUUAACGCUGGUUUAGGUCAGUCAAUGCAGCAGCAACAGCAGCAGUCACCUCAGGGCUCUUCUCAGACUGUUUAUGCAUAUCCUACACACCACAUGCUCGGUGGUACUCAGGCCUCAAAUUUACAGUUUCACACUGCAAGAUGAAGAGGUCUGAAGAAGAUCACAAGCAUUGUACUGAUGUCUUGAGUUGAAGACAAUGUAGCAACAUUUCAUCUCGUUUUAAAGGACAUCUUCAAUUCCACGAGGCCAAAAAGUACAUGGCAUAUGUUCGGGGCCACACAGCCUCAACUCGUGGGAUGAGCUGAUGGGUCAGUAUUAUAAUCACACGGAGGGGCCCAGCGUCAACCUUUCCAUUUUCACAAGUUUGUAUAUAUCUUUCAACGCCAACUAUUCUAAUCUCUGUUGCUGACUGCAGCUAGAGAACAAAUGUUUUGUAAUUGUACCUCAGUUGGCCCAAUGGGUUUUAUUCUAUAUUAUGAUCAUGGACUUUGCUUUAUUAAUAAUGGAUUAAAAUUUUUGUUUUUGAUGUUGUUGACUCAUCUGGGCUAUUUUUGGCCUGAAAACCUUAGUGACCUCAAUCUAGUGGUGCUGAAGGAAUAAUAACACUGAGUUUGGCUUCAUUUUUUUUAUAGUAUUGUGAAAAAUGGGUCAUUAUCUCUGGAACUCAAACUUGGCCAAAAAUUAUUAAGAAUCUGUGUUGGUCAAUAUAGUUACUCUACUUCUGUUUUGUUCAUCACCUAAAAAUAAACAAAUAUAGAUGGGCAUCUUGAAAGUUUCAUAUUUUGCUAAAUUAGAUUUUAUGCUCGUACCUCAUUUUGGGCCACAGUCAUUAAGUUUGCCAAUUUUGCCUUCCAUUCACUUUUUUUCUGUAAAGGUUACUUUAAUAGGUUAUCGUUGCAAUUUUCUUCACUGUCAUACCAGCUCAGAACUGCGGAUGAAACUGCCCCAUUCAAAAGAUGUCAUUAAAUUUUUGUACAGUGCCUUGAUAUUGGGGAGGCGUGAUACAUUUUGCGGCUCGGCACCAUGAUUCUGAAUACAGCCUGGCCUAUUACAGUGCUGCCAAACAUCCUAUAAAAUUUCGGCUAAUGAAAAUUUUAAUUUGCAUAUAUUCCAGACUUGACUCGAGUUUGAUAAUAGACGAUAAAACGAUUUUAUAUUAGAAUAUUUAUUUUUGAAUUGAUUCGGAUUCAUGAUAAAUGAGUUAGAAUUGUAUUGAUUGGACUGGUGAACAACUUUUGAUUGCUAAACAUUUCGCCCAAGUAUAUUUGAUUAGUCUACCUCAAUUUCUGCUUGCGCAAAUAAUUUAUUUUUGUAACAAGUCUCUCGUCUUAGUUUUUCAAGUUGAUUUUUAGUUGUCUACUGUUCCUGACUACAUAGAAACAUGAUCAUGGUCAAGUGUCUUGCGACUGAAUUAUUUUUAUGUCAUGGUCACAGUGUCACUUCACAAUGUUGUUUUUAUUUUGUUAUAUUUUGAUUAGCGGGUCAAUUAACCACCGCUACCGUCAUUCCACCAUUCCAAUUUUCAUUAGUACAGGAGUAGUAAAUAAAUUUAUACAUAAUAAUGAUCUCACGAGCAUUCUUGAGAUGCUUUGCUUAUUGCGAUUUUUGCAAACUUAUUAAGGUAUCUUUAAUCAUGUCCUGUGAUUUUUAAAGGACUAUUUGUUUUAAUUGUUUUAUUAACUAACAUGUUUAUUUUCUAUUAAAUUAGUUGCUCAAAGUUUGAGUUGAUAAACUAUGAGAGUUUGAAAUAUUAUUAAAUACUUAUUGUAUUGUAGUGAAGUUCACUAAUUAUUAUACAAGUUACUGCCACUUCAUUUUUCAUUCAUUGUAAUUCUCACGGAGUGGGGGAUGGUUUAUGUCAUUUCUUAAAACGAUGCAUUUGAACUGUUUCUAUUCUUCUAUGUCUCAACUACACUCAACAACGUUUAUCUGUAUUGGUGCAUACCAUCAAGUUUUGUGCACUUAAUUACCUCUAUAUGAUCUGAUUUUUAAAAAUUUUCAGUUGACAUUUAUUUUCUGCUAAGCGUGGUCCUAAGAUUGAACUUAGCUCCGCAUUCUUGUUCCACUCUCAUAGGCAUUGCUUUGUUAUAAGUGAAUUUUAAAAGCAUUUUGACAUAAGUAUGUCUCAUGUCAAAUCGAGAGGAGCAACCCCCUUAUUGUGCUAUGGUUCUACUUCUAGGUGUUAAUUCAUUCGACGUAUCACUCAAAUCAAUAACAGUCUAUCAACUACCUCUUUUUUUUAUCAAGUACUUGGCUUGGCUUCAAACCAUCCCCUGGUCUUUAUUAUGUUUAUUAUCUAUUGUUUUAAUAAUCCAUCAUCGUUACAUGCGGUAUCUAUUAUGUAACUAAACAUUGCUGUCAAAAUGGCACAAAUUUGCUAUGAAUGAGUUGUCAAAUUGAGUUCUGCAUCCAUUGGAUGUUUUGAAAUUUCAAUACUGUUACACCCCGUGUUAAUUUCUGACAUCGCUAUUUUGAAUGAAAUUUUCGUUCUUUUUGGACACCUCUCAUUUAUAGCUAGUAAGUGUACAUUUUGGAUUGAGAUCGUCGUUCGCAGCAAACGUUCCCUACUGAAACUGACAGCAUGCGAACCUUUGGAAUCUGGGAUAAGGUGUCGCUUCCUUUGUUUCAAUUUCUAUUUUAUGUAAGCGCAGAAUUUUCUUUUUAUACAGAAACAAAAUACUGCACUGCAAAAGUUGCAUGUAGCACGAUUUCAUGAGUUCGUAAAUAUGAUUCGUAGAUGAAUAAAUCUUCAUAAUUUGGUUCA